UAUGAAUGGUUAACACUUUUCUCUGUUUUCGUUCUCUAGCUGGCAGCACUCCUAUUGCACUUCCUUAUUGUUGUUGCUAUACAAUUUUCCAAAUUCCCCCUUUCCGCUUGAAACUAGCGAACGCAAUGGAGCCCAUAAUGGCUGCAAUAGCUUUUCCUGUUCGUUGCGUUCAGUUCACUUUUGUGACUCGGCUCGUGAAGAACUUGUAAUAAAGUGCUGAUCAAGAAAAGCGAAAUUCAUUUAAACAUUGUAAAAAUAGUAUUCAAUUGAAGUGUGUAUAAAAAAGCAAAAGAAAUAAUAAAAACGUUUGUUGCUGUUGAUGCGCAAUUAUUCUUGCCAACUGUUGUACUGCCAAAAACAAACAAAAACAAAUUGCAGAGGGGAAAUUAAGAAACAUAAAAGAGAUAAAAGGUAUAUUUUAAUACUUCAUACAAGACAGCUAAGCUGAAAUUGUGCAUUUCUGUGAUUAAUCCAUAUGCCCAUUGGUACGAUUUUCACAAUCACUGAAUGCGUAUGGGAAAGUGUUGAAGCAUAAACGUUUCAAAAGCUAAUUGCGCAAAAUAAUAGUGAACUCAUAAAUAAAGCAGUACAUUUAAAAAUAGCAUUCGUGCGUGUGGAAAACUAUAAAGAAACCGUCCAAACGAAAAACAAUAAAAAUUAAAAAAAAAGAAAAUAAAAUUAAAAAAAAAACACACAAAGGGAAAUCAAUACAGUUUUGAUUUAAACGGCAAAAAAAAACAAUAAUAACAACAAAGAAACAAACAAUUGUGUUGUAAACAAUCCGUUUGCGCGAAUUAAACUUUAAAUGAAAUUGUGGAUUUUGUAACGAAUUUAUAAAGUUAAUAAGCAAUUAAGUGUUUUAAUUAAAGUAAACAACGAGAAUUAAUAAAUAAAUAAAAAUCGUCAGCUGUAACAGUAGUAGAGCGGGCGUUGAAAGCAGCUAUAGAGGCAGCAGGAAGCUGAAUCAAGCGACAGCAGCAACUACACACUCAUACACACACACACACUCGCACUAAUUCCGGCAACUGCGAGACUAAAUAAAUAGCAAAAUGCCCUUCUAUUCACGUGACUGGCGUUCGCCCGGUGAGGCUUGGGUGAAAACCGACGAGGGUUGGGUGUGCAAGAAAGUGCUGGAAUGCGGUAAACGUAAGAGACUUUCUUCCAACUCGGAUGACAGCUUUGACGAUGACUCGGCCGAUGAGGUUAUCGUGCCACCACACUGCCACAUAACAGUACGCUGUACACGUGAAAUCGCCGGUUUUAAUGGACUUGGCGAAGUGGUGCGACGUCUCGAUUUUCGAACUUCAUUACGCAAUCAGAAACGUUUUCACUACAUUUGUGCGCUACUUCGUUUGUUGGUAUCCCACAAGGGGAUCGUGAACCUGUCGGGUAGUGCGCAGCGUGUGCUGAUGCAAAUCGUUGAAGAUGUGGCGACACAUGUCAAUGACAGCCAACAGCAUUUGAAUGUUUUGCGUGGUUUGGUCAUACAACUGCAAGAUAUCGUAUUGCAGGAGAGCCAGAAGUGUUGGGGGAAACCGUUGGGCAGCACCAAUCUGUGGCAGGAGCAUAUCGAGACUAUAAAACGCAUACAAAAUGUUGCUAGUCAAAUCGAAAUUAAAGAGCCCGGUCCAGAAAUACGUCCAAAAUUGCAUGACUUACCCGAGGAAUGCAUACGUGAGAUUAUUUUACGCAUAGCCGAUCACAAAGAUCUCGAAGCCUCUGCCAACGCUUGGCCGACCAUGGCCACACUGGUAUCGGAGCAACGCAUUUGGCGUGAACUUUGUCGCUUCCAUUUCAAACAACAUCAAAUCAACUUAAUACUCGAUCUUAAUAAUAUAAAACUAAUGAACGAGGUAAAGGACUGGAAAAAAAUCUAUCAUCAAUUAAGGCGCACCUACGGUGUCAACGAUGACUAUCAAUUUGCCGAAAUAUUGAAAUUAUGUCGCAUUUGUUCGUGUUUAUUUUGGCCAUCGGAAGGUCAUCCAUGCAUAGCCGAUGAGAUGCCAGACUAUAAGCAACGCCUAGAGGAUGCAGCGGGUGGUGGUCAACUGGUUGUGGCACAGCCAGUGCCACCGGCACAAUUUCUAAAAUAUUUCUCAUUGUAAAUAGACACUUAAGUUUACAUGCAUACAUACAUACAAACGAAACGAAUAUAAAGAAGAUGAAAUGUGUGGUGUGGAGCGAGGCGCGAGGAGUGCGAAUGUCAUGGUGAUUACGUCUUGUUGAGAAUGGAAAUGAUUGUUAAGGAAUCGUUAAUAUUGUGGAUGUGUAAAAUACAGAGGCAGCUAGAGAACCUGGUGCGCUAUGAGUUAUGAAGAGAUUUACAUACAAACAUACAUACAUACAUAUAUAGAGAUAUAUUUAUUGAUGAAAACGAACUGCUUGGCCUAAAAUGAAAAAGAAAGCAAAUUAAACAAAAAAAAAAACAACAAAUGUGUAAAACUAUUUUAAAAAGGUAUCUAGCAACAACAAUGUAGUAUGUACAGUGAUAACUUGAAAAAGUAUAUAAGCAUAUUCAUAUUAUUUAUCAGCAACUUAUCGAAAGGUUUAUUGGAAUCUAUUGCGAAAUGUGUAUAUUUUCAAAGAAUUUUUCAUUUUAUUUUAUACAAAAAAAUUCGAAAAAGAUUUUUAUUAGUUCGUAAGUGAUAUUUACUUGGCUGAAUUAUUUAGAUGUUAUUAAAAUAAAAAAGUACUCAUUGCAAACAUACAUAAAUACAUGAAAAAUAAAAGCAUUUUAAACAUUAAA